AUGCGUACUCAGCAGCUCCUCCCUCUUUGUGGCCUCCUGCUUGCCAGCAUUGCUAUCGCAUCCAAAUUGGACCAUGACGAUGUCCCCAAUCGCUGCUGGCCUGCCUGCGGCCCAGUCGUUGGAAUCGCCAAUAGUUGCGAUGCCCAACACGAACGGGAUUCGGCUGAGAUCCAAUGCAUUUGCGAUUGGGACGCUGCCAAAACUCAGAUCCCGCUCUGCGCCGCCUGCAUCACCCAGUAUCAGACCGACAGGCGCAACCACAACAUUACCCAUCACGACCAUGACGACGACGAUGAUGAUCAUGAUCAUGAUUAUGACAAUGACAAUGACAACGACAUUGACGACGAUGAUAACGAGGCGCUGGACCUUGUCCGCUACUGCACGCUCAGCACAACUACCUACAACUCUGCCGCUGCCACUACUGUGAGCACAACUACUAGCACUGCUGGUGCGAACACCGCCACCACCACGGACUCUUCGAACGCAGCCACCGGAACGGACUCUGCUGGCACCGGCGGAACUAACAGCCAGGACUCAACUGAUUCUGCUGGUGCCUCGGCGGGAUCUGCGUCCUCCCCACCCCUACUCCUGAUGCCGCAGCUGGUAUUUUGGCCCCUGGUGCUGCAUCCAUGGCAGGUGUCAUGGGGCUGGUGGCUUUGGCUUGGCUGUGAGAUUCAACAGGGUCGGAUCUCUAGAUCUCUACCAGAGAUAGAGCGAGUGAAUAUAUACGAUGGUUUUAUGAGUAUGUCCAAUGUUUGCCAUUAG